AUGCCACGGCCACACAUCCCACACCACCUCUCUCUCCAACGCAUCAAGAACCCCAACCCCAACAACCACAACAGCUCUGCCCCCAACCCGGCAUCCGUUCCUUCAACACCGCCAGCACACAGCAGGAACCAAAGCCCGACCCGAAGUAGCAAUGUAGCUGGUCCGACGUCCGCAGAUGGAGCAGGGAGGGGCGGAGACCACAAGGGCAUGGGCUUAGUCCUGCGGGUUCAGGUACAGAAGGCUCGCAAUCUGGCCCCCAAGGACAAAAGUGGUACAUCCGACCCCUACCUCAUCUUGACGCUGGGAGAGUCAAAGGAGGCUACGAGUGUGGUCUCCAAGACGCUCAAUCCCGAAUGGAACCAGACCUUCGAGUUUCCAGUCACGACCGCCGACUCUGCACUGUUGGAAGUCAUAUGCUGGGACAAGGACCGCUUCAAGAAGGACUACAUGGGUGAUUUCGAUGUCGUGCUGGAAGACGUCUUUCAGAACAGUCGGACGAGUCCUGAGCCUAGGUGGUUCAAGCUCGAGUCGAGGCGAGCUGGGAGGCGGAAGAAGAAGAGCGCGGAGGUGACGGGGGAGGUGCUGCUGAAGUUCACACUGUUCGAUCCGGUGAACACUGCGGCGACGGAGCAGCAAAUAUUACAGAAGUUUUCGGGGGUUGUUGGCAGUGGAGGGGACGAUGACGACGAUGAGGAUGACGACGAGUUGCUUAGCAGGCUUACCUCCCGGGAAUUGGAGGAUGUGGACGAAGAGGGCUCUGAUGAAGAGGAGGACAAAGACUCGCCGGAUGAGUCGGACUCUGGCAUCAAGACUCCCGGAGACACAGUCGACGACAAGGCGCAGCGUCGGCGGGACAAGAAGAUACGGAAGCUCAAGCGGAAGAACAAGUUGAAGGCAUACGAGUUCAGCGGCAUGUCGGACGUGGCGGGCGUGUUGUUCCUGGAGAUCAAUCGCAUCACGGACCUGCCACCCGAGAAGAACAGUACCCGGACAACAUUCGACAUGGAUCCGUUUGUCGUAACCUCGCUUGGCAAGAAAACGUACCGCACCCGAGUCGUCAACCACAACUUGAACCCCGUCUAUGAUGAAAAAUUGGUCUUCCAGGUCCAGAAGCACGAGGCCCAUUACCAUCUCAGCUUUGCCGUCGUCGACCGCGACAAGUUCUCUGGCAACGACUUCGUCGGCACUGCCACCUUUCCAGUGGACAAGGUUGCCGAGCUGUCUCCCGAAGCCGACUCCGAGACUGGUUUAUACAAGCUGCCGGACCCAGACACCGUCAGUGGAGACGACGUGAUGCAAAGCCAGGACAACCUCAGCAAGCGGAAGAGGAUGCGCUGGCCGUUGAGCAGGAGCUCCAGCCAAACCAACAUGAGCCGGAACUCGAGCUCGAGCAACCUGCAGAAGCUGACGCGAACUACUAGCAGUAACUCGCUGAAGGGCGACCAGCUUUCGCCGGGAGGUGGAGGCGAAAGCCGGCCGAUGCGUCCUGGUGUCCGCCGGAUGGAGAGCGAGAAUGAUGUUUCUGACCAGCUCACCUCGCCGUCGUCUCAGCAGCAGCGUCCGGGCCCCACGAGCGCGCCGAGUUAUGGAUUUCCGAAAGCUACUGCCAACAAUGACGCCAAGAACGGUCCUAGCGCCAAUGGUGGUGUUGGCCAGAGCGAAGAUCGCGACAUGUACCCCUACGAGAUCCCGCUGGAGCUGAAGAACAAGCAGCGUUGGCAGGACAAGCACAACCCGGUGUUGUACAUCCGGGCCAAAUAUCUUCCGUACAGGGCGCUACGACAGCAGUUCUGGAGAGCGAUGCUCAAACAGUACGAUGCUGAUGAGUCUGGGAAGAUUGAUAAAGUAGAGUUGACGACUAUGCUUGACACGCUUGGCAGCACUCUGCACAACUCGACUAUCGAUGGCUUCUUUGCACGCUGGGCUGAUGAGAAUGAGAAGAGCGGUAUUGCAACUGGUGGCGACAAGGGCGGAGUCAUGACUAUGGAUCAGGCUGUCAUCUGCCUGGAAGAGCAACUUACCAAGUCGAACGAGACGCAAAGUCACAUGCAUCGACCGCACUGGGAUCGCUCCGAGUCCGCGUGGAGUACUGCCAACCAAAGUAGUGGCUUGUUGACCCCAGGACGGCAACACAGCAGUCCCGACGAGUCUCCCGGCGGCGGGACACCGUAUCUCGCACCCGCAGAUCACGGCAAAGAUCGCAGCCCCAACACACCUGGCUCCCUCCCGUCCAACUUCAACCCCAGCUCCACCUCCAUCCCCGCCCUCGAAGUCAGCGACGUCUCCGACUCCGACGCCCGCAGCGCCCUCCAACCCCAAGACGGCGCCCCCAAGGGUCCCGACAAGACUCCCGCCGCACCCAACCUCUCCCCUCAACUCUCCCGCUCCGACUCCUGGGGCCAAGACAGCGAAGCCGACCUCGCCGACGAAGCCGGCCGCGAAGAGCACGUCGUCGAGAUCGCCGAGUGCCCGAUCUGCCACAUGCCGCGCCUGAACGCCCGGGGCAAGCGCGGCAAGAACGGCAAGCGGAAGCGGCAGACCACCGACGCGGAUAUUAUUACGCAUAUUGCCACGUGUGCGAGUAGCGAUUGGCGGGCGGUGAAUAAUUUGGUCAUGGCGGGAUUUGUUACCAGUUCGCAGGCGCAAAGGAAAUGGUACAGCAAAGUCGUCACCAAAAUCUCCUACGGCGGCUACCGCCUCGGGGCCAACAGCGCCAACAUCCUGGUCCAAGACCGCAUCACCGGCAUGAUCAACGAAGAACGCAUGUCCGUCUACGUGCGCAUCGGCAUCCGCUUGCUCUACAAGGGCUUGAAGAGCAACAGCAUGGAAGGCAGACGAAGUAGGUCCUCUCUCAACGACGGCCCGACAUCAUCCCCGCACACGACGCCGCCGGGCACCCCGACGCUCCCGCCGCUCUCACGCACGCAGUCGGCGGCGUCACAGGCGCGCAGGAUGGUGUACGGUGUUAGCCGACUUUCAACCUCGGCCGCGCACAGCGUGACCUCAGUCCGCAAGCUCCUCCGCUCCAUGUCCGUCAAGCAGGGCAAGAAAUACGACGACCCGGCCAGCGCCUCCCAGAUCGCCGGCUUCAUCAACUUCCACCAGCUCGACAUGUCCGAGGUCCUCCUCCCCACCGAAUCCUUCAAGACCUUUAACCAAUUCUUCUACCGCAAGCUCAAGCCCGACGCCCGCCCCUGCUCCGCCCCGGAGAACCCGCACAUCAUCGUCUCCCCCGCCGACUGCCGCAGCGUCGUCUUCAACCGCCUGGAGGAAGCCCAGCGCAUCUGGGUCAAGGGGCGGGAAUUCAGCGUCGAGCGCCUGCUCGGCGACGCGUAUCCGGACGACGCGAAGCGCUACAAAGGCGGCGCGCUGGGGAUUAUGCGGUUGGCGCCGCAGGACUACCAUCGCUUCCACAUCCCCGUUGACGGCGUGAUGCGCGAGCCUAAAUUGAUCGAGGGCGAGUACUACACCGUGAACCCGAUGGCGAUCCGCAGCGCGCUCGAUGUCUACGGGGAGAAUAUUAGAGUGUGUGUGCCCAUUGACUCGGUAGCGCAUGGAAGAGUUAUGGUGAUUUGUGUCGGGGCGAUGAUGGUGGGGUCUACCGUUAUUACGAGGAAGAAUGGGGAAGAGGUUAAAAGGGCGGAGGAGCUGGGGUAUUUUAAAUUUGGCGGCAGUACGUUGUUGUUGCUGUUCGAGCCGGGCGUGAUGCGGUUUGAUGAGGAUUUGGUCGCGAAUGCUGGGGGGGCGUUGGAGACGUUGAUCCGCGUCGGCAUGUCCAUCGGCCACUCGCCGCAGCAGGAACCGCACCGCCCGGAUAUGCAGAAGGCCAAUCCGACGGCGGAGGAGAAGCAGGAGGCGAAGCGCCGGAUUGAAGGGAGUCUGGCGCCGAGUAAGGGGGUGGAUGCUAUGGCUAUGGGGGGGAUUUGA